UGAUGUGUUGUGCACAGUCUAAAGUCCAUUUUGUUGCUUUGCCCGCAACUUUUGCUUGCCACGAUGGAGGCCAGAUCCAGCUCCUGCCUCUUGGGCGUCCGUCAUCCUUCCAUCUCCCGCCCUCCCUCGUCGGAGCACGAGCACCAAAGGUCCCCGUACUGCCCUUACCUCUGCUCUCCUUUUCUUCUCCUGUUCACCCCUCGUGCCAUAACUGGGCGACCGCCGCUCCCGCCCUACGCCAGGACUGGCGUCCUGCCAUGGCUCCACGCCAAGAUUGUUGAUCCCAUGCUGCAGGUCAUCAGAAGGGGAGCAGAACCCAAGCAACUAGCCUUCUCUGCUGCCCUUGGUAUCACGAUUGGGAUCUUUCCGGUAUGUGGGACAACUGUUAUUCUUGGUGCUGUUGCUGUAGCAGUGUUGGGAAGUCGUUGCAAUGCUGUUACUGUUAUGGUUUUAAAUUUGGCCGCCACUCCAAUUGAGCUAAGCUUGAUCGUCCCUUUCUUGCGUUUGGGGGAAACCAUCACUGGCAGUGGGCACUUCCCCUUGACAGCCAACGCACUGAAGAAUGUUCUCACUGGUCAUGCAUCAAAGGAUGUGCUGCUGAGCAUCGUCAAUGCGAUGCUGGGUUGGCUUAUUGCUGCACCAUUUGUACUUGCCGUGCUGUACGCUGUUUCGUUCCCUUGUUUCAAGGUCCUGGUUAACAGGUUUGGCGGCAUUCCAUCGAGCCCCAGGACCCCACUCAAGGCGGUGUAGGUAGUGUGUAGCAUGCUGAAUGCUCCUGAAAUUGUGUACACCAAAUUCUUUGUGAUGCCGUUGGGUUGAGAUGGGUUCCGGCGUCAUGUUGCUCGGCCAUCCCAGGCACUGGCGAAUAAAUCCGACUUGAGAGGCACGUGUCCUCUAUAAUUCUGUAUGCUGGCUUGGUAAUCAUAUAGUGAGAUGUGUAUUUAUGAAUUUACAAACUCUUCAUGAAUAAAGCCAUGUUUGGAUAAAGGAUUAAAUUUUA